AUGGACAUAUCAUUCUUGGCGGGUGUUCCUCGCCAAAAUCAAACCGAGGAAAGACGCACAUCUGACAAUGGCAUUCCGCCGGUGCCGCGGGGGACUCAAUUGUCGCGCGAACUUGAAGACUAUCCAACUUACCUGGAGAAUGGACGCUGGUAUCAUGGCUAUCGACGAGGACAGUACAUGUUUCCCUGUGAUGAGCUGGAGCAAGACCGCCUGGACCUAUUUCACAAGCUUCUCCGCGUAGCCAGACACGAGAAACUUCACUCUGCCCCGAUAAGGAUUCCGAACCGGGCAUCUUCGGGCGAUCCGGGGCCUCGAAUUCUUGACCUUGGUUGCGGGACGGGGAUCUGGGCCAUGGACAUGGCAAGAGCGUAUCCGCAAGCACAGGUGCUGGGAGUCGACCUGGCACCUAUCCAACCGUCAAACCCACCCCCAUGGCUUCUGGGCGAAGACUCCUGGGACUUCAUUCACCUGCAGAUGGGAUGCGGCAGCGUCACGGACUGGAAGAAUGUGUAUCAGAAGAUCAUAGCACACUUGAGACCCGGGACCGGAUAUUUUGAGCAGGUUGAGAUCGAUUUCGAAAUGCGGACUGACGGAUUCACUCUCGGGCCCAACCACCCACUUUCUGUCUGGUAUCGACUUCUGAAAGAGGCCACUGAGGCUGGGAAGAGACCAAUUGCCUUUGACCGCAGGACGAUUUCGCGAUUGGAAAGCGCCGGCUUUGUAGACAUCACCCACGAUGCGGUACCGUUGCCGCUCAGCAUGUGGGGAACAGACCAUGACUCAAUGGAAAUAGGGAAAUGGUAUAGCCUUGCAUUUUCCGAGAGCGCGCUGCCACUCCUUUGGGCACCACUCAGUCGAAUGAAAAACAUGUCAUUUGAUGAUAUCAUGCGUUUGGCUCAGCAAGCAAAAGUGGAGGCGUACAAGAAGGAUAUAAGGGCAUACAAUGUCCUUCAUAUCUUUACAGCAAGGAAACCAACGUAA